AUGUUCGCUAGAAGAAGUUUGAUGCGUAUGGGCCUCUUCCGGCCGUUCGCUUCCAUUGUGGUUCCUGCCUCCAGAACAUUUGUGCGUGUUCCUCAAUCGGCCUUCCGCCCCAUUGCAUUGACCUCCCUCAAGUCAGGAUGGAGUCAGAGAUCGUACAGCGUCUUGUCACAGUGCGACGCCAAAUUGUACAAUUACGAAGACAUCAAGAAGAUUACCACACAUCCAGAGACUUUCCCAAACACCGUAUUGGUGGAUGUGAGAGAGCCAGUGGAGUUUGAAGAGGGACACAUUCCAGGUGCCCUCAACGUUCCAUUCAAGUCGUCUCCUGGCGCCUUUGACUUGUCCGGCGAGGAUUUUGAAGAGAGCUUCGGCUUUGAGAAGCCAGGAAAGGACAAAGAGUUGGUAUUUUACUGUCUUGGAGGCGUGAGAUCGACCGCUGCUGAGGAGUUGGCCAAUUCGUUUGGCUACACCAAGCGUGGUAACUACGUCGGCUCAUGGGAAGACUGGAUUUCUCACGAGAACGCUUCUGAGAAGUAG